AUCACCAGAGCCCUUUCAGCUGUUUAAGUGGUGAAAGGCGACAUAAUCUCCUCACAAGAAGAACUAGACUGAGAUUGUGAGACGCAGGAGAAAAAAAAAACUAGAAAGGCGCACAAAAGGAGGACAGCAGAAGUCUUGGGAGCAGCAUGUUAAAACCCCAGCAACACAGUGACUUUGUCAUGAGCAACUUCCCUCCUGUUUUUGGGAAGCCGUGGUUCUGGCAGCGCAACAGCAGCUCCAUGGAGGGGACGCGCAGCCUGGCGCAGGUCAUCAUGGAGAUGCGCGACGAGAUCAAGAAGCUGGAGGCCGAGAACCGGGAGCUGCGUGGAGACCAGGGCCAUGGUUCAGUGGGAAUCACGCCAGAAGAACCCGGUGCGAGUGAGCAGGAGGAAACGGUGGAGAACCCUUACGUGAACCUGAGACGAAACGCGUCUGCGCCGGUCCUGGAGCGACAAUACAAAGACAACAUGGUCAUGACUGUCCGAAGGUACUCUACAAGCGCCAACCUGGAAAAUGCAAAGUCUAGUAACUCUGGAUGGGGGAGACUGCAGGAGGAAAUCCAGCAUGGGAAUGAAAUAUCAGCAAAACAAGAAGUGGAGAAAGUCACCAACCGACACUCUCUGCAGGAAUGUGUGCAUAAAAACAGGGCCAAAGUGAAAACUGUCACCUUCCUUCUACCUGUUGAUGAUAUUUACACCAGCCGGCCCGUUCUGACCAAACACUUGGAGGAACCCAAACUCACUGGUCUGGCUUCCAUAGCCGAUGCCGACUCCUGAGGGAAGAAUUUCCAGACUUUGGAUGCGAAAAAAUGGAACGCGAUGCAGACAAAACCGAAACUCUGCAACUGGAGCCAAGUGAGCUGCCUUAUUUAGGUCAAUCUAGAUUGGACUCUUAAUGAGUAAGCCAGUAGACUGAUUUGUAUCACACCUGACCGCAAAAACAGAAUACUCUAGUUACACGUGUUGUUUUCAUUGGCAAUGGCUAUCCAGGCCCGGGCAGCAGUGAUGAGACACAGGCCCCUCUGCAGAGAGGAUCAUGUAUCGGAACACCUUUCCCAACCUGAGCUGCUCACGGUGACACACAUACCUGCAGGUGACAGCCCUUCCACGGACAGUUGUGGUCGCUGACUCAGGCCUCGUGAGCAACGUCGCAUCCAUCAAUUAUACAUAGUUGUUCCUCUUUCCAGUGAAACGGAUGGACGCGAGGUCAUGUGAUGUGACCUGUUUAUUAACAAUGCCCCUAAAGACUUUUUUUUCCACAAACACUAUGGCGUAGUCUGCUUGAAAGCGUUAUACAUUGUUUUAAAUAUGGUGGUCCAUGCCAUAUUCAAAUAUCUUAAGUUAAACCUGCAUCAUUAUUAUUUUCUCCAUUUUUAAAAAGCUUGUUGUUGCUAUUAAGUUUCCGUGGAAUUAAGAGCCCUGUCAAAAUAACGCGUAUACUUUAAAAUGAAAUAAGUGAAUAUUAAUUUGUUAUGUAGACAUACAUUUAAACUUAGAUGCAAAGACUUGACAAUUGAUAAAAAUGUUUUGGUUACGUAUCCUAAAACUUUUACCUUUUUGUCAAAUAUUACAUGCAAAGGAAAAACUAAGCAAAAGCGCUUGAGGUCUGCUUUGGGUUACGGGCUAUAAUGCAUUCACACAAAGCACAAGAAUUGGCUAAAAUCUGGGCCAAAAGAUUCCAACUUUCUCAAGUUCAUGCACCAUUACGUGCAUAAAAUGUUCUGCUGGAAGUCUUUUGCACAACUAUGAGAGGUCUCUUCAGCCACAAUUCAAUCUUGGUGUUACAUGUAAUAUCAUACUCACUCUCACACACACACACCAUCAUUCUCUCUCACACACACCAUUCAACACUGAGGGUAUCUGUCUGGGUUGCUCUCUUCUCUUUCCUGGUCCUGCUCUAACUGCUCUGUCACAUGUCCCUGUAGAGGCCUGGCUCUCAGUCAGUUCUACUGUAUUUAACACUCCUCUUCCUCCUGCCCAUCCAGAGGUGUGUCUGACAGACUGGAAUUAUUUGCUCUUUUGCAUCAGAAUCAUUGGCAUCCCUCCUCUAACUGCCUGAUGAGCUCUUCCCAAUCUUGAAAAG